CCCUCAUUGCCUCUGCUGAGCUCCGGAGGGCUUGACGCGCGCGCUCGGCUCCUCCCUCCGCCACUCGCCGAUUAGCAAACUUAACUCCAGAGCGAGAGGAGCACCGAGCACGGGAGCGGCGGGCUCCGCACAGCAUUUGCCCCUCGGGGACGCCCUCCAGCGCCGCCGCCGCCAGAGAGGAGGACGGCGACGAGGGAACCAUUUCGACGGGGGUUCUCAGGGCAGCUAUUGCAGCAGCCAGCGAGGCCGGCCGCCCUUCGCGGCUGUGGCGGAGACUCCUUGCAAAAGUUCUCUAAAGUCGCCACCAUGGUGCCGGGGGCUGGAGCGGUCGGCUUGCUGGCGGCGCUGGCCUCUUUCGUCUCGCCCUCGGCUGCCCUUCUUGGAGCGGCUCGGGGCCAGUUCUCCGCAGGUGGUUGCACUUUUGAGGAUGGCCCAGGGCCCUGUGAUUACCAUCAAGACCCAUAUGAUGAUUUUGACUGGGUUCAUAUAAGUGCUCAAGAGCCCCACUACUUGCCACCUGAGAUGCCUCCAGGGUCAUACAUGAUAGUGGAGUCUUCACACCACAGCCAUGGGGAAAAGGCUCGACUCCAGCUCCCUACAAUGAAAGAAAAUGAUACUCACUGUAUUGAUUUCAGCUACCUUUUGUAUAGUAAGAAAGGAGCAAGCCCUGGCACUCUGAACAUCUUGGUCAGAGUAAACAAGGGACCUCUGGCUAAUCCCAUUUGGAACGUGACAGGCUCCACUGGCAAAGACUGGCUGCGAGCAGAGUUGGCUGUAAGCACCUUUUGGCCAAACGAAUACCAGGUAAUAUUUGAGGCUGAAGUCUCAGAUGGGAGAAAUGGCUACAUUGCCAUUGAUGACAUUCAGGUUUUGAGUUACCCUUGCGAUAAAUCUCCUCAUUUCUUGAGGCUUGGGGAUGUGGAGGUCAAUGCAGGCCAGAAUGCUACAUUUCAGUGCAUUGCUACAGGGAGGGAUGCUGUGAAUAACAAGUUAUGGCUGCAGAGACGAAAUGGAGAAGAUAUUCCAGUGGCUCAAACUAAAAAUAUAAACCAUAGGCGAUUUGCUGCUACUUUUAAACUUAAAGAAGUGACAAAAAUGGAUCAAGAUCUGUAUCGCUGUGUUACUCAGUCUGAGAGAGGAUCUGGAGUCUCUAACUUUGCUCAACUUAUUGUUCGAGAGCCACCUCGACCAAUUGCACCCCCGCAGCUGCUUGGAGUUGGACCAACUUAUUUGCUGAUUCAGUUGAACGCUAAUUCCAUUAUUGGAGAUGGGCCUAUUAUCUUGAAAGAGGUGGAAUAUCACAUGACAACUGGUACUUGGACAGAAACCCAUGCUGUUAAUGCACCGACAUACAAGCUUUGGCAUUUGGACCCAGAUACAGAAUAUGAGAUUCGUGUUCUUCUGACUAGACCUGGAGAAGGUGGCACUGGUCAGCCGGGCCCACCACUUAUCACCCGAACCAAAUGCGCAGAGCCCAUGAGAACACCAAAAACAUUGAAGAUUGCUGAGAUCCAGGCCCGACGUAUUGCUGUGGAUUGGGAGUCCUUGGGUUACAACAUCACUCGCUGCCAUACGUUUAAUGUCACAAUUUGCUACCAUUAUUUCCGGGGUCACAAUGAAAGCAAGGCAGACUGUUUGGAUAUGGACCCCAAAGCACCCCAGCAUGUUGUUAAUCAUCUGCCUCCUUACACAAAUGUAAGCCUUAAAAUGAUCCUAACUAACCCUGAAGGAAGAAAAGAAAGUGAAGAGACAAUUAUCCAAACAGACGAAGAUGUUCCUGGUCCUGUGCCAGCAAAAUCAUUAAAGGGAACUCCUUUUGAAGACAAGAUCUUCCUGAACUGGAAAGAACCCAUGGAUCCAAAUGGUAUUAUCACACAAUAUGAGGUCAGUUACAGCAGUAUAAGAUCAUUUGAUCCAGCAGUUCUUGUGGCUGGGCCUGUUCAAACUGUGGCAAAGCUCUGGAAUAGUACACAUCAUGUAUUUUCUCAUCUACACCCUGGGACUACCUACCAGUUUUACAUAAGGGCUAGCACAGUUAAAGGGUUUGGACCAGCUACUGCAAUUAACGUCACCACCAACAUAUCAGCACCCACGUUACCUGACUAUGAAGGAUUUGAAUUCAUUCUUAAUGAAACUGCCACAACUAUAACUGUACUAUUGAGACCAGCACAGGCCAAAGGUGCUCCUAUCAGUGCCUACCAGAUUGUUGUUGAAGAGCUGCAUCCUCAUCGAACCAAACGAGAAACUGGAGCAAUGGACUGCUACCAGAUACCUGUCACAUAUCAUAAUGCUUUGAGUGGUGGCUCCCCAUAUUAUUUUGCUGCAGAACUGUCACCUAGUAAUCUUCCUGAACCAGCCCCUUUCACAGUUGGUGAUAACAGAACAUAUCAAGGCUUCUGGAAUCCACCUUUGACUCCCCGUAAAGGGUAUAACAUCUAUUUUCAAGCCAUGAGCAGUGUUGAGAAGGAAACCAAAACUCAGUGUGUUCGAAUAGCUACCAAAGCAGCAGCAACAGAAGAACCAGAAGUCAUUCCAGACCCAGCCAAGCAAACAGACCGUGUUGUAAAAAUAGCAGGAAUAAGUGCUGGAAUUCUAGUUUUUAUUCUUCUCCUCCUCCUUGUCAUAUUGAUUGUCAAAAAAAGAUAUAUAACUUGGAGAAGAAGCGUCUGCAUUAGAAAUAUUAGGAGGAGCUACUAUUCUUACUCCUACUAUCUCAAACUUGCUAAGAAACGCAAAGAUGCCAUGGGAAACACCAGGCAAGAAAUGACCCACAUGGUGAAUGCAAUGGACAGGAGUUAUGCUGAUCAGAGCACCCUUCAUGCUGAGGAUCCCCUCUCGGUCACCUUUAUGGACUCCCAUAAUUUCAGCCCCAGAUUGCCAAAUGAUCCACUUGUGCCGACUGCUGUGUUAGUCCCUAUUACUGAUGAAAACCACAGUGCAACAGCAGAGUCAAGUCGCCUGUUAGAUGUGCCUCGCUACCUCUGUGAAGGAACUGAGUCCCCUUACCAAACAGGCCAACUGCAUCCUGCUAUCAGAGUGGCUGAUUUGCUGCAGCAUAUUAACCUCAUGAAAACAUCUGACAGCUAUGGUUUUAAAGAAGAAUAUGAGAGCUUCUUUGAGGGUCAGUCCGCUUCUUGGGAUGUGGCAAAAAAGGAUCAAAACAGAACAAAGAAUAGAUAUGGAAACAUUAUAGCAUAUGACCACUCCAGGGUGAUACUGCAACCUGUUGAAGAUGAUCCUUCUUCAGACUACAUUAACGCUAAUUACAUUGAUAUUUGGCUGUACAGGGAUGGAUACCAGAGACCAAGUCACUAUAUUGCAACCCAAGGCCCAGUCCAUGAAACAGUAUAUGAUUUCUGGAGAAUGAUAUGGCAGGAACAAUCAGCUUGUGUUGUCAUGGUUACAAAUUUAGUUGAGGUGGGACGGGUCAAGUGUUACAAGUAUUGGCCUGAUGACACUGAAGUGUAUGGGGACUUCAAAGUUACUUGUGUGGAAGUGGAACCACUUGCAGAGUAUGUAGUCAGGACAUUCACCCUUGAAAGACGAGCAUACAAUGAAAUCCGUGAAGUUAAACAAUUCCACUUUACUGGAUGGCCAGAUCAUGGAGUACCAUACAACGCAACAGGCCUUCUUUCAUUUAUACGCCGCGUGAAACUCUCCAACCCUCCUAGUGCUGGGCCGAUUGUUGUGCAUUGCAGGUGUGUAGAGAAGAGUGCUGGAGCUGGACGAACUGGCUGUUACAUUGUAAUUGACAUCAUGCUUGACAUGGCAGAAAGAGAAGGUGUUGUGGACAUCUACAAUUGUGUCAAAGCACUGCGUUCACGCCGUAUCAAUAUGGUACAGACAGAGGAGCAGUAUAUCUUUAUUCAUGAUGCCAUUUUGGAAGCUUGCUUGUGUGGAGAAACUGCCAUCCCUGUCUGUGAAUUCAAAGCUGCAUAUUUUGAUAUGAUUAGAAUAGACUCUCAGACGAACUCUUCACAUCUCAAAGAUGAAUUUCAGACUCUGAAUUCUGUGACGCCUCGUCUGCAAGCUGAAGACUGCAGUAUAGCAUGCUUGCCAAGGAACCACGACAAGAACCGCUUUAUGGAUAUGCUGCCACCUGACAGAUGUCUGCCUUUCUUAAUUACUAUUGAUGGCGAGAGCAGCAACUACAUCAAUGCUGCUCUUAUGGAUAGCUACCGACAGCCUGCAGCGUUCAUUGUCACACAGCACCCUCUGCCAAACACUGUGAAGGACUUCUGGAGAUUAGUUUAUGACUAUGGCUGUACUUCACUUGUGAUGUUAAAUGAAGCUGAUUUAACACAGGGCUGUCCCCAGUAUUGGCCAGAAGAAGGAAUGUUAAGAUAUGGUCCUAUUCAAGUGGAAUGCAUGUCUUGUUCAAUGGAUUGUGAUGUAAUAAACAGAAUUUUCAGGAUAUGCAAUUUAACAAGGCCUCAAGAAGGUUAUUUGAUGGUACAGCAGUUCCAGUAUCUGGGAUGGGCAUCUCACAGGGAUGUGCCAAGUUCCAAACGGUCAUUCUUGAAGUUAAUUCUUCAGGUUGAAAAGUGGCAAGAGGAAUGUGAAGAAGGGGAAGGUAGAACUAUUAUUCAUUGCCUGAAUGGUGGUGGACGAAGUGGAAUGUUCUGUGCCAUAGGCAUUGUAGUGGAAAUGCUUAAAAGACAGAAUGUUGUUGACGUUUUCCAUGCAGUAAAAACUUUAAGGAACAGUAAGCCAAACAUGGUAGAAACACCGGAGCAAUAUCGUUUCUGCUAUGAUGUCGCUUUGGAAUACCUUGAAUCCUCUUAGUGUGAAAGGAGAGAUGCAAUUAUGUGAACCAAAUAAUAUGAAACUUCAUAAACUGUAUUUUGGCAUCAGCUGUUUGAACCUGUGAAGAAAGAUUUUAGUGAAGGGAAGACUUAAUUUUUAAAUGCAGAAAUAUUUUUCUUAAUGAAUGGUUUACCUUAAUUAAAAAGAGGACUGUUUGUUUCCCUGCCUGUGUGCAGCGUGAAGAUUUAGUGCCACAUAAAUAAAGCGAAACUGAGGCAGAACAGGGCUGUUACUGCUCUAAGUAGGGCUUUCCAGUGUUUGUAUAUUCAGCUGUCUCUCAGUUAUGCUAGAGUCACCAUUUGUUGCAUGUCUCUAUUUCAAGACAACAUUUUAUUUCUCUCUGUUCUUAAUUUGAUGAACUGUUAAAAGCAAAACAAAACUGUGCAGAUUGAUAGUCUCUUUAUAUA